UAUAUAUGUAAAUAGUUUUUGUAAACAAUAAAACUUUUAUUAAUAAUUUUAACAAAAAAAGUAUUUAUAAUUUAUUUUAUAAUUUCAAUAACUAUAUGAGUGAUUAAAUAAUGGAUAAAGUUAAAAAAACUAGAGUUGUUGAUAAUGAUAAAAAAAAAUCAUCUGGCGAUGAUGUAAAUUCUAAAAACGAAAACAACAAUUCAAUAAACAAUGGUGAUAUUGAAAAGAUUAAUGACAGUACAAGAGUAUUAGAAAAGAAGGAAGAUUCUGUUGAAGAAUUAAAAAACCAAUUGAGCGUUUUGAUGGAUUCAUUAGCAACUUUGUCAGCUGAAAAGUCUAGAAUGGAAGCAAGUUUUCAAACUGACAGACGUCAAUUAAGAGUUGAACGAGAUCAGUACGAAAAAAUUAUAAAAGACUUGAAAGAAAAAUUAAAAAGAACUCAACACAAUGUACAGUCGGAAGUCGAAAAUGUUAAAUAUAAAUUGAUUAUGGAAAGGCAUGAGAGAGAGAAGGAAUAUGCUGAUAAUUCGGCUAUGAUAAAAGAACUUCAACGAUUAGUUACAGAUGAGCGACGCGCUAAAGAAUCAUUGGAGCAACAAUUAAAAGAAUUGAAAAAACAAGCUAAUAAUAAAAUACAGAGUAAAGUAUUGGAAGCUGAAUUAGAAAUUGCUAAUAAUAAAUUAAAAGAAGCUGAGGCUGCUGUCAAUGAAACGCCGCCGAUGCUUUUAUCUUUGCAGGCAGAAAUUACUGAGUUGAGAAAGCAUCAUCGUGCUGCUCUCCAUGAGGAACGAAAAAGAGCAGUAGCUGCUGAACAACAGUCAAAAGCAUUAGAAGCAAUUCAUGAAGCUCGUGUUGUUGGUUUAGAAACACGACUUGCAGAAUUAUCAGAAACUGUUGGUGGCUAUGAGCGUUUAAGGCAAAUUGAUCAGCAUGCGAUACAAAAAUUAAAAGAUCAACUGUCUGAUUUGCAAUUACAUGAGCACAGAGAUCAUAGUGAUGUAGAUUUUACAGAGGAUCCUAAUAAAAUAGCUGCUAAAAUUCGUGAAUUGUACGCGCGAUUAUUGGACAUGAAUAACCAGGAAAAUAGUUUAGUAAAUAUGAAAGAAUUUUUGAAAAGCCUUGAUUUAUAUUCCAUUAAUGAGGAUACUAAUGAAUAUAAAGAAAGGUAUGAAUCAUUACAACGAGACUUUGAUAUUUACAAAGAGCAAAUGAGUAUUAAAUUACAAUCACUUGAAAAUAAUUUUCAUAUAGACAAUAAGGAUAAUAAAAAUGACAGCAGCGAAGUUAAUUUAAUAAAGACUUAUUGCAAAAAUUUAGAAGAACGAGUGCGUAUGUUAACGAAAGAAUUAAAUUAUCGCGAAAAUGAGAUGCAGAUGAAAAUGGAAUUGCAGUCUCAGCAAUUUCACGAGGAGAGAACUAAGUUUGAGUUGAUUUUAUCGCAAAAAGAAAGCGAGUAUCGAGGAAAAAUUUCUGAUCUCGAGCACCAAUUGCUGCGUCAACGCGAACGUUCUUUUUCUGUAAUUGAAGAAAAGGACCAAGAAGUCAGAACUCUAAAAUCUUCAAUUCGUAAUAUGUUAAUGAAAAAAGAUAGCAGUUUACUGUCAACAAUAGAAUCUAAAGCGGGCUUGAAUGAAAAAACAUCUGAACCUAUUACGGAUUUUGUUUCUGCGAUUCUUUCAGUUGAUAAUCCUCCUUUACUGCACUAUGCUCAAGAAUUAUCAAGACGGGAAAUCCAAGUUGCAGGUUUAAGAAAACAAAACAGUGAAUUGGAAAAUAAUUUAAGAGAAAAUCAGCGUGAUUUGUUGGCGAUUACACAGAGACAUGCUGAUGAAAUUAAAUCGAUGGAAGCUAAAAUAUCUAGACUUGAAGCUUGUAAAUCACGAGAAGGAGCUAAUUUAGAAUAUUUAAAAAACGUAGUUGUUAAUUAUUUGACUAGCAGUGAUUCGUCCAGUCGUAAACAUAUGUUGAAUGCAAUUGCAACAGUACUGAGGUUCAAUAAUGAAGAAAUGGAAAAAAUUCAACGACUUAAAUGACAUUGAUAAUUAAAUAUUGAAAAUAAAAUGAAAAAA